ACAGAGUGAACACACAGUCAGUACGAUUGAGACUUUCGCGACAUAAACGUCUCACGACACUCGCUUGGUUGCACAGGAUCACGCUCUGAAUACCAUCCUGACUAGUUUUGCCCUGUUGAUGCCAUGAAGUAAAUCGUCGGAUCAUAUGGUUCGAACUAUUUAUAACGCAACCGUCUGAUAUUAAAAUAAAGCGGCCAAGAUGAUUAAAAAUGAUCUGGACAAUGCCGCUGUGUCAGAUGCGGUGGAGAAACGACUGCAAAUUAUUCUCACUGAAGGAUCUAAAAGUAUAAUGAACUUCAACGAUAUGAAACCAGAAUUACCGCCGUUCUAUGACGAGAAGAAAUUUCGGUUGGGUCAACAGGCUUUCUAUAAUAAUGUGUUCUCCAUGAUGAUCGCGAAGCUUUCCGGUCUUGUAUCUCUCUUAGCCAUUUCAACCAUACUGGAUGUAGUUACGUUCACCAAAAAAAGUGGUACUCCUUGUUUGGCGUAUCGCAGAUAUGCGGAGACGAUUCUGCAUACAUUCGUAUGGCAUGAAAAGGAACCCAAUGGCAAACCUAACGAAUUCUUAGAAUCUCUAAAAAUUGUACGUCGAAAACACUGUAUUGCGUUCAAAAGAAGUACCGAGGCUGGUGUUCAUAAGCCGACGCAAUUGGACAUGGUACUCGCGCAGUUCGGAUUUAUGGGAUAUUCUGUACUGAGCAAGGAAUAUCUGGGGAUAUACGUCACCUCCGAAGAAAUGGAAGGUGUGGUGCAUUUAUGGCGGGUCAUCGGCAGCAUGCUUGGAAUAGACGACAAAUUUAAUCUUUGCACCGGAACUGUCGAAGAGACCCACCUACUUUGCCAAAGAUUACUGGAUGAGAUUUUCAUUCCUAGCCUGGCAAAUAAGAACGAGCAUGCUCAUCAGAUGGGCGUUGUGAUGCUGCAGAGCCUUUCGCCCAUCAACUUCAAUAUAGAACCAGUAGCGUUCUCUGCCUUUACACUUUACUUGGCUUCCUCGACUGCGCGUAACAAAAGUUAUUCCAUUGAAAUGGAUACCUCGACUAUGCCGUUUUACAGCUGGUACUUGUUCAACCAGAUUUCUAUGUAUAUAUUCAUGCACUAUGCAAAUUUGUCUGGAUAGAUCCAUAGCGAGUAUUCUUGGAAACAAUAAAUAUUAUUUUACAUACACAGACGGUAACGUUCAUCAAUAUAUAAUGAAUACAGGGUAUCUUCGUACAACCACCAUAUAAUAUGUUAAGCAUAUUCUGAAGAUAAAACCGAAUACAAAAUUCUAAUGUGAAAAUAUAGAGAAUUCUAGAGAAAUGAUUGAUUGAAAAAACGUCGAUCGAUAUCAAAUUGAUAUCCGACGUAUUUGACAUUUAUCUUUUCAACCGUUAUUUCUUACUGGGAAUAAGUUUUGAAUUAUGAACUAUUAAAAAUAACGUACACGCAUCAGUCCGUUACUUGUGAUGUCCAAAGAAAAUACUGAUUUAUACUGCACAGCUAAAUAUUGAAAUGUUAAUAAUUCAUGUUAUUAGGAUUAUUAAAUUCAAUUAACGGUUUCACACACACUUGAGAAAAACAAUUUGUUCUUAUUUUUAUAUUUUGUAUAUCUGAAGUGGAGUAAAUACAAUAAAAGUAACUAAAAUAAUUACUAAUCUAACAUUUAGCUGUGAUACCUAUCUUUGAUCAGUUAUAAUUAAAAACCUACUGUGAUGUCGAAAUUAUUGUAUUAAAAUUUGUUACUUAAUUUUAUCUCCAAAAUACGUUAUUAAAAUGUUGCAUUGUAAUUGUGAGACAUCUUACAUAAUAAAACUAGUGCAAGUAUUAAUACUUAAAAUAAUUAGUAAUUACAGUAUAAUUAAUAAUAUAAUUACAGUAAUUUUGGAAUUUUUAAUCUAAAUAUAUAUAGUCUGAAGGUGAAAGUAUUCGAACUAAUGCUCAAUUAUUCAGUAGCACUUAAUUCUAAAAUAAUUCUCAUAUAAAUUGAGUAUAAAUUACAUUGGAUACCAUAUUAUUGUUGUCAUAAUUUUUAAUUAUUAAAAUUAAUAAACAAUUAUACAUAUUAUACUUCCAUUCAGAUAUUUCUAGCAGUAUAAUUUACUCUAAAUUACACAGGAUAUUUUCAAAUUAAACAAUCAUGUUUUAACAAUAUGUUUUAUAAGUAAAAAUAAAAAAGUUAUAUGUAUAUAAAUUACGUAUGCUUUUAAACGUAUAAUUUACUGAAAGACUCUAAUGGAAGAGAAAAAUUAAUUAAUUUCAUUAAAUUUUUUACUCCGAAAUAAUUCGUCAUAAUUUGACCGUAAUAUAAGAACAUUUUACAUCCUCAUUAUUGAAAGUUUGCUUAGACCUCUGAAAUUAUAAUAAGGAUACGUUUAAUGGAAUCGAAAUGGAGUUGUUCUAUUAAUUAUGUGCAUAUGUUGUAUUUGUAAGCUCAUAUUUAGUUAUAACAUUUACACUUUGUAUACGGGUAUUUACAUUUUGUACAUUUUUGAUAUUACAAUCUCGAAAUAAAUCGAUAUCGGUCUAGCGAG